CGCCGUUUUCGUGGACCUGACUGUGAUUGAUCCGAGUCUCGGUAGUAGACUGUUAAAUCCUGACUUAACCCCAUUUUAAAUUGCGAUAAUUAGAGUGGUGUGAUUUAAUAAGUCGAGUCUUUCAGGUGAUUGUUUUUUUAAUUUAUUUAUUUUAUAAUCAAUCGAUUAAUCGUUGACGGAAAAUUGGGAGAUUUUCUCGAUGGGGAAAGGAGGCGGAUGCGUUCCCAGCAAGAAGAAGAAGCCGUCGUCUCUCGCCACCACCGGCGAUGGUCCCGGAAUCGAUGACGACGACACUCCUAAUGCUCCGAUCCCGAUUGAGGAUGAUCGGACCACCGUUGACGGCGAUCGAACGACGGCGACGAACACUGCGGGAACAACAACCCCAGUGAUUACGGCUAGGACGAUCCCGCCGCUCAAGAUCUUCGUCGUGUUCUAUUCGAUGUACGGUCACGUCGAGAGCUUGGCGAGGAGGAUGAAAAAGGGCGUGGAUAGCGUCGACGGAGUGGAGGCGACGCUGUACAGAGUGCCGGAGACUCUGUCGCAGGAGGUUGUUGAGCAGAUGAAGGCGCCGCCAAAGGAUCCGGAGAUCCCGGAGAUUACGGCGGCGGAAUUGGCGGCUGCUGAUGGGUUUCUGUUUGGAUUCCCGACGAGGUAUGGGUGUAUGGCUGCGCAGAUGAAGGCUUUCUUUGACUCGACGGGACAGCUCUGGAAAGAGCAGACACUCGCCGGUAAGCCUGCUGGAUUCUUCGUCAGUACAGGGACUCAGGGAGGUGGCCAAGAGACCACUGCUUGGACAGCAAUCACACAGCUGGUGCACCACGGGAUGCUAUUCGUGCCCAUAGGAUACACGUUUGGAGCUGGAAUGUUCAAGAUGGACUCGAUCCGUGGAGGCUCUCCUUAUGGAGCAGGUGUGUUUGCUGGCGAUGGCUCAAGAGAAGCAACAGAAACAGAACUGGCUCUUGCUGAACAUCAAGGAAACUACAUGGCUGCAAUUGUCAAGAGACUUGCACAACCUUAAACAAGAAAUGGCUUCUUUAUUUUUUUCAAUUCCUUCUCCCGUUAAAUAAUCAUAUAAAAAUCUUUCUUUUCUUUCCAAUUCCAUCGAUUUCUUUCUUUUCCGAGUGUUUUUAGUUUCAUCAUUUUCGAAGAACCUUGUAGUAUCCAUCAUAGGGUUCUUACGUUAACGGUUGUGUGUAUAUACUUUCUUCUUUAUUAUUGUUGUCUCUUGAUUAAUCUCUCUACAAAUAAAUAUUUGAGCUAUUUUUUUAAAAAUUUGUAAAAUUAAAUUUAAGAUUAUUUUCAUUGGAGUUGUUGAAUCGAGAAACCAAUUUCUUAAAAAAGAACAAAAGAUAAAAUUUUAAAAUCGCUAUAAUAUAGGGAAGAUAUCUACUACUACUAUUUAGUUGCGUCAGACAUUGGGAUUCCUCGGAAAACAUAAACUGUAUCUGUACUUUAUUAUUAUCUAUCUAUCAAUCAAUCAAUCCACUGCAUCUGCUGUGUUCGUCCUCGAGACAAAUCACCGAAAGAAGGCAAUCUCUCUCUGAACAGAGAUACCGACAUGUCCGAGAUUCUAUCUUCCCUGAGGUCUCUAAUGGCCUCUCACUCUCCUCCUCUUGACGCUUUGGUUGUCCCUUCCGAAGACUAUCACCAGAGCGAGUAUGUUUCUGCACGAGACAAACGCCGCGAGUUCGUGUCUGGAUUCACUGGAAGUGCAGGUUUGGCACUUAUCACGAAAAACGAAGCGAGGCUUUGGACUGAUGGUCGCUACUUCUUGCAAGCAAUGCAACAACUUAGCAAAGAAUGGACACUAAUGCGUAUGGGAGAAGAUCCUCUUGUUGAAGUUUGGAUGUCAGAUAAUCUUCCCGAAGAAGCAAACAUAGGUGUUGACUCAUGGUGUGUUUCGGUAGACACUGCGAAUAGAUGGGCGAAAUCUUUUGCCAAGAAGAGUCAGAAUCUGAUCCCGACAACAACUGAUCUCGUGGACCAAGUCUGGCAAAACCGUCCGCCUUCUGAGAUGAGUCCGGUCAUCGUUCAUCCGUUGGAAUUCGCUGGCCGUUCUGUUUCCGAGAAGUUGAAAGAUUUGAGGGCAAAGCUUAAGCAAGAGAGUGCGCGUGGUUUGGUCAUUGCUGCUCUUGAUGAGGUCGCUUGGCUAUACAAUAUCCGUGGAACCGAUGUUGCUUAUUGUCCGGUUGUUCAUGCAUUUGCCAUUGUUACAACCGACUCUGCGUUCCUCUAUGUGGACAAAAAGAAAGUAUCCGAUGAGACAAGUGCUUAUUUCAAAGGGCUUGGUGUAGAAGUCCGAGAGUACACAGAUGUGAUCUCAGAUGUGGCCUUGCUUGCUUCUGACCAGCUUUUCUCAUCAUUUGCCUCUAAAAGUGAGUCUACUACGAAAGACAUGGAGAUUGAUUCUGACCAGACUGAUCGGUUAUGGUUGGACCCUGCUUCGUGUUGCUAUGCUCUUUAUUCCAAACUGGAUGCUGAUAAGGUUCUUCUGCAACCAUCUCCCCUGUCCCUUGCAAAAGCCUUGAAGAACCCGGUUGAGCUCGAAGGAAUGAAGAAGGCACAUGUUCGUGAUGGUGCAGCAGUUGUCCAGUUCCUUGUUUGGCUCGAUACACAGAUGCAGGAGCUCUAUGGAGCAUCUGGAUACUUUGUGGAAGCCGAGGCAAACAAAAAGAAACAAACUAGUGAGACCUCCAAGCUUACUGAAGUGACUGUGAGCGAUGAGCUUGAAAGUCUUCGAGCUGUCAAAGAGCAUUUUAGAGGUUUAAGCUUUCCUACAAUAUCAUCUGUUGGUUCAAACGCUGCGAUUAUACAUUAUUCACCAGAGCCAGAGGCUUGUGCCGAGAUGGACCCAGACAAAAUUUACUUAUGUGAUUCAGGAGCACAGUAUCUCGAUGGAACAACUGAUAUAACCCGAACGGUUCACUUUGGAAAACCUUCAGCUCAUGAGAAGGACUGCUAUACCGCGGUCUUCAAGGGUCAUGUUGCUCUCGGAAAUGCUCGGUUUCCAAAAGGAACAAACGGUUAUACACUUGAUAUUCUUGCUCGAGCUCCGUUGUGGAAGUAUGGCUUGGAUUAUCGACAUGGUACUGGUCAUGGAGUCGGCUCUUACCUUUGCGUUCAUGAAGGACCUCACCAAGUUAGUUUCAGACCGAGCGCUAGGAAUGUGCCUCUCCAAGCUACCAUGACUGUGACAGAUGAACCUGGUUACUACGAAGAUGGGAACUUUGGUAUUAGGUUGGAGAAUGUUCUUGUUGUUAAUGAUGCUGAUACCGAUUUUAAUUUUGGCGACAAGGGCUAUUUGCAAUUCGAGCAUAUCACUUGGGCACCGUAUCAAGUGAAACUUAUCGAUCUAGAGCAGUUGACUCGAGAAGAGGUCGACUGGUUAAACACAUACCAUUUGAAAUGCAAGGACAUCUUGGCCCCAUUCAUGAACCAAACCCAAAUGGAAUGGCUCAAGAAAGCUACGGAACCUGUAAGGGUAUUGGUUUGAAUCCCUCCCGGAUUUCUCUUAAUUAGAUGUUUAGCAAUGGCUUUUUCACUUCUCCUCACUGUUAAACCAAAAGAAAUUUCAAGUCAUUUACACAGUUUCUAUUCAGAUAUCCACAAAAUAAAGAAAAACUCAUGUUUCUUAAUUAUCUCUUUACUCCUACAAGAUUGUCAGUUCUUGAACACUGUUUGUAUCUUCUUGGCUCAUAUAGAAAUGUUACGUUAAAUGCUUUGUUACAAAGAAA